AUGAGGGGCCACAUUCAAUGCGCUUUGCUGCUGGCAGUCCUCUUCGCAUGUCUCUGCUCAGCAACCCACACGUCCAACUGGGCCGUCCUGGUCUCGACCUCCCGCUUCUGGUUCAACUACCGCCAUCUCGCGAACACCCUCUCCCUCUACCGCACCGUCAAACGCCUCGGUAUCCCCGACUCCCAGAUCAUCCUCAUGCUCCCUGACGACAUGGCAUGUAACCCGCGCAACUCUUUCCCCGGCAGUGUCUUUAAUGACAAAUCCCGCGAACUCGACCUCUACGAUGACCGCGAUGCUUCCUCGAUGGGCAGUGGUAUAGAAGUGGACUACCGUGGCUAUGAAGUCACGGUGGAGAAUUUCAUUCGUCUGCUUACGGAUAGAUGGCCAGAGUCAUACCCGAGGAGUAAGAGAUUGAUGACGGAUGACAGGAGCAAUAUUUUGAUUUACAUGACUGGACAUGGAGGCAAUGAGUUUUUGAAGUUCCAGGAUGCAGAGGAGAUCUCGUCGCAUGACUUGGCUGAUGCUUUUGAGCAGAUGUGGGAGAAGAAGAGAUACAACGAGCUGCUCUUCAUGAUCGACACCUGCCAGGCAAACACCAUGUACGGCCAAUUCUACACUCCGAACAUCAUUGCCACUGGUUCCUCCGCUCUUCACCAAUCUUCCUACUCCCACCACGCAGAUCAAGACGUCGGUGUUGCUGUCAUUGACCGCUGGACCUACUACAACCUCGAAUUCCUGGAAGAGCAAAUCCACUCCACAAGCAGCAACGUCACCCUGGGUCAACUCUUCGACUCCUACGAUCCUGUCAAAGUCCACUCCGAUGCCGGAAUCCGCUACGAUCUGUUCAACGGUGGUGAACACGAGGCUCGCAACAGGAAAGUUGUCGAUUUCUUCGGAAACGUACAAGGUGUCGAAGUCGACGAGGUCAAGAGUGGAGCAGAAUCUUUGGCCGAGUGGAAGGCCGAUCUCCAAGCUCUCAAAAACUUGAUGCAGAAGUCAAGGGACUUGAUGGAAGAGAUGAAGAAUGUGACGGCUGAUGUGGACUUUGCUGAGGCCACUGUUUCGCCAUCGCAGGGCGAACAAGAUGCUUUCGGUACUGCUAAACUUCUGGAUCGAGCAUCCACAUGGAGCAAACAAGCUAUUGGCACUGCAGCCCUGGCUUCCCUCGGUCUUCUCUGGACCCUCAGCUCUCUUUUCGAAACCUGA